AUGUCCGUUGAAACUGAUCCUAGGCCCGAGCGAAAUGCCUGGCUCCAAAUGGAUGCAAAUUUCGCGCUACACCCGAGCGAGGCGCUUUUGCUUGCCAAGAUCCUAGAACAGCUUGCGCAAGAAAAGCACUCGCUGCUCACUUUCCUAUGUGGGGAUCGGCUUGAGGACCUAUUCGCUGAUUACCCCUCCGAACCAUGCGGGCUUCCACGUCUCAGCCGCGGUGCAGGGAGAUGUGAACGCAUUGGUUACUUAAUCAGUGUCUAUAUCCAGACAGAGAAAUUCUUCGAGGAACAUCCGGAAUGCAACACUAGGAUGGAGAAUUGGGGAUUCUGGGAAAAUGUCUCCAAUCCGGGAUGUCGACGACACGGAAAGAUGAAGGAAUUUGCUGAGAGGCAUCGCUAUCCGAUUCAUCGGACAAGAAAUGUACUUGUCAGGGGUGGGAAGAUCAAGGCAAUACAGAGCGCGUCGGGUGAGCCGGCCGUGGCACUAUUACUCCUCUCAGUUGUCCACAUGCUCGACGAGCUCUCCUAUCCUGGGGCCAGAGAACUCGGUCUACGGCUGCGUCGCGAUAGCACUGAUUGGCUUCAAGCUGGCCGAUCCUUUCGUAAGAGAUGGGAAGUAUGCGUGAGAAAUCUGGAGAGUCUGGUCUCUGCCGAUUAA